UCCUUUGCCUGUCCACAGGGUUGUCCCAGCCUCGGCCCCCUGAGCACCGGCACCUGGAACUCUCCACCUCCUCCUCUUCCUCCUCCUCUUUGACCAGCAGCAGCUCAGCGUGGCGAGGCCAGGGACAAUGGGACGCAAGCUGGACCUGUCGGGCCUAACAGACGACGAGGCAGAGCAUGUGCUGAAAGUGGUUCAGCGUGACAUGAAGCUGCGGAAGAAGGAGGAGGAGAGGCUGAGUGAGAUGAAGCAGGAGCUCACGGAGGAAGGCAGCAGAUGCUCCAUCCUCUCCAAGCAGCAUCGUUUCAACGAGCACUGCUGCAUCCGCUGCUGCGCGCCCUUCACCUUCCUGUUCAACCCCAAGCGCCAGUGCCUGGAUUGCCAGUACAACGUGUGCAAGACCUGCUGCACCUACAGCAAGAGGGAGCGAGCCUGGCUUUGCUCAGCGUGCCAGAAGGGCAGGUUAGU